UAUUGUUUCGACAGUCUCUCGACACGAAUGUGGUCGAGUUAGAGAGAUAUAUAAAUAUAGAUGUAGCCAAGAUGUUACGACGAAUAGCCGCGAAAGCUUCGCCGAGAAUUCAGAGGAGAAGAAGAAAAGCAGCCAGUAAAUGCUCUUCGGAACCCGACAUCCUCGAUGACUGUGACGAUGGCACUAGUGAAGGAAACGCUAGCUUCCUUAGGGCAGCUCGCAAUGGCAACCUGGAGAAGGUAUUGGAAUACCUGAAGGGGAGCACUGACAUUAACACCAGUAAUGCUAAUGGGUUGAACGCCUUGCAUCUGGCCUCUAAGGAAGGCCAUGAAGCCAUCAUUAACGAACUCCUGAAACGAGGAGCCAACGUCAAUGCAUCCACCAAGAAGGGCAAUACUGCGCUGCACAUCGCGUCACUGGCGGGUCAAGAAGAGAUCGUCAAAAUCCUGAUUCAGAAUGGGGCCUCAGUUAAUCAGCAAUCAUCGAAUGGAUUCACCCCGCUAUACAUGGCAGCACAGGAGAAUCACGACAAAGUGGUAAAAGUACUGCUAGCCGCAAAAGCCAACCAGAGCAUCGCUACCGAGGACGGAUUCACUCCGCUCGCCGUCGCGCUGCAGCAGGGUCACGAAAAGGUCGUCACCGUGCUGCUCGAGAACGACACGCGGGGCAAGGUGCGUCUGCCCGCGCUGCACAUCGCCGCGAAGAAGGACGACUGCAAGGCGGCGGCGCUGCUCCUGCAGAGCGAACAUGAGCCGGACGUGACGUCGAAGUCGGGCUUCACGCCGCUGCACAUCGCCGCUCACUACGGCAACACGAACGUCGCCACGCUGCUGAUAUCUCGCGGCGCCAACAUCAACUACUGCGCACGGCAUGGCAUUACACCGCUUCACGUGUCGGCGAAGUGGGGCCGCGUUAACAUGGUCACGCUGCUACUGGGCCGUGGGGCUGCCAUCGACAGCACAACCCGGGAUGGCCUGACGCCACUACACUGCGCGGCACGCAGCGGCCAUUACCAGGUGGUCGACGUCAUAGUGGAGCAUGGAGCGCCAAUCUCCGCGCAGACGAAGAAUGGGCUGACACCGCUGCACAUGGCAGCCCAGGGCGACCACGUGGAGGCGGCCCGUGUGCUGCUGGCACACCGCGCGCCCGUCGACGACCGAACCGUGGACUUCCUAACUGCGCUGCACAUCGCAGCGCACUACGGCCACGUCAAGGUUGCCAAGCUGCUGCUGGAGUGGAAGUGCGAGGUGAACGCGCGCGCUCUGAAUGGCUUCACGCCGCUGCACAUUGCCUGCAAGAAGAACCGCAUCAAGGUCGUAGAACUGCUGCUGAAAUACGGCGCGUCAAUCGAGGCGCAGACCGAGUCCGGUCUGACGCCCCUGCACGUGGCAUCGUUCAUGGGAUGCAUGAACAUAGUGCUGUACCUGCUGCAAAAGGGCAGCUCGCCGGACACGCCGACGAUGCGUGGUGAGACCGCGCUCCACCUAGCUGCGCGAGCCAACCAGACCGAUAUCAUCCGCAUACUGCUACGCAACGGGGCCAACGUCGAUGCCCAUGCUAGGGAGAACCAGACGCCACUUCACGUUGCGGCUCGGCUCGGCAACUCGGACAUCGUGAUGCUGCUGCUGCAGCAUGGCGCGUCCGUGGAUGCGGUCACCAACGACAACUACACGGCCCUGCACAUCGCAGCCAAGGAAGGUCAGGAGGAGGUUGCCUCCAUCCUGCUGGACCAGGGAGCGAACAUAGCUCUUCACACUAAGAAGGGCUUCACACCACUCCACCUGGCGGCCAAGUAUGGCAACAUGAAGGUUGCCAAGCUGCUAAUCCAGCGUGACGCACCGAUCGAUGCCGAGGGCAUGAAUGGAGUCACGCCCCUCCACGUAGCCGCCCACUACGACCAUAUUAACGUCGCCCUACUGCUGCUAGAGAGCGGGGCUUCCCCACACACUGCUGCUAAGAACGGUUACACGCCAUUGCACAUCGCUGCCAAGAAGAAUCAGAUGGACAUCGCAACAACACUGCUGGAGUAUGGAGGCAAGCCGAACGCGGAGUCGAAGGCUGGCUACACGCCACUGCACCUCACCUCACAGGAGGGACACAGCGAGAUGGCUUCACUGCUGCUUGAGAACGGCGCAGAGGUCAACUGUCAGGCAAAGAACGGGCUGACGCCGAUGCACCUGUGUGCUCAGGAGGACAAAGUUCCCGUCGCGGCUAUCCUGGUGAAGCACGGUGCAGCGAUCGACCCGCAGACGAAGGCCGGCUACACACCACUACACGUUGCCUCGCACUUCGGCCAGAUCAACAUGAUACGGUUUCUGUUACAACACGGUGCCUCGGUGGAUUCGAAGACGGAGAUGGGGUACACCCCGCUCCACCAGGCAGCCCAGCAAGGCCACACUCUUGUCAUCAACCUACUGUUGCAACACAAGGCAUCACCUAACGCACUCACAGAUAAUGGACAGUCAGCGAUAUCGAUAGCUCAACGUCUUGGCUACAUCUCAGUGGUAGAAACGCUGAAGGUUGUAACAGAGACCACGAUCAUCACCACUACGACGACGACCACCGAAGAGAAAUAUCAGAUGGUCUCUCCAGAGACCAUGCAGGAGACAUUCCUGUCAGACACCGAGGACGAAGGAGAGGAUAUAGAGUACUUGGAUAAGUAUGGAAGACCCAUCUCACAGACGCGUAGCGUCUUGCUACCGUACAUUGAGGACGGUACAUUGAUACUGGACAUGCCCAUGUAUGGUGAGGACACAUUCCUCGGCGACGCCUCGUACCGCUACUUGACGACGGAUGAGAUGAAGUCGCUAGGCGACGACUCCGUCAUGCCAGACCACGACACCAAGCAGCAGCCGGGCGCUGAGUCGCCGCUCAUUGCCAAGGAGCAGCGCGCCACACAACAGGCGGCGCCACCUAGCAAGAUGGACCUGGAGAAACAACGCGAGGCAGAGUACAACCGCUACAACCAGAGGGUGUAUCAGCCUCCAGCUCACACGUUCAACAUAGACAAGUACUCGGAUAUGCUUACCAGGAUUCCUUCCCCGGGAGAAGAGAAACAGGAGCGGGAGUAUCCCGAAUAUCAGGGAAAAUUCGAACCGGACAACAUUACCGUGGACCGCACGCCAGUUCACGUCGGUUUCCUGGUGAGCUUCAUGGUGGACGCACGAGGGGGCGCCAUGCGCGGCUGCCGCCACUCCGGCGUGCGCAUCAUCAUCCCGCCGCGGAAGGCUCCCGCUCCGAUGCGCAUCACAUGCAAGCUCCUGAAGAAGGAGAAGAUCAUCCACCCGCCGCCGCUCAUGGAGGGAGAAGCUCUCGCUAGCAGGGUGCUUGAGAUGGGACCCAGCGGGGCCAAGUUCCUCGGGCCCGUCAUCAUUGAGGUGCCGCACUUUGCGUCGCUGCGCGGCCGGGAGCGUGAGAUCACGAUCCUACGCAGCGACAAUGGAGAGUCUUGGCGCGAGCACACGCUAGAGGCGACAGAGAACGCCGUGCAGGACGUGCUCAACGAGAGCUUUGAAGGAGAAGAGCUGGAUGCUAUAGAGGACCUGCACACCAACCGCAUCACCCGCAUCCUCACCAAUGACUUCCCCGUCUACUUCGCCAUCGUCACGCGCGUACACCAGGAGAACCGUCCCAUCGGACCCGAGGGAGGCAUGGUCAGUUCGACCGUCGUGCCGCAAGUGCAAGCCAUGUUCCCAGAGGGCGCUCUCACGAAGAAGAUUCGCGUCGGUCUGCAGGCACAACCGAUCCCCAGCGAGCUGGUGGCGAAGCGACUAGGUAACCGCGUUGCUGUAAGCCCCAUCGUCACCGUCGAGCCGCGCCGGCGCAAGUUCCACAAGCCGAUCACGUUAACCAUUCCACUGCCGCAGGCCGCCAGCAAGGGCAUGAUCAACCAGUACAGCAAUGAGGCCGCUAAACUGCGGCUACUGUGCAGCAUCACAGGUGGUUCUACGCCAGCACAAUGGGAAGACAUCACCGGCACAACUCCUCUCACCUUUGUCAACGACUGUGUCUCAUUCACAACUACAGUGUCAGCCAGGUUUUGGUUGAUGGACUGUCAGCAGACGAAUGAGGCAGGGCGUCUGGCGGGCGAGCUCUACAGGGAAGCCAUCCACGUUCCCUUCAUGGCCAAGUUUGUUGUCUUCGCAAAGCGAACUGAGGCCCAAGAGGGGGCGCUGCGUGUCUUCUGCAUGACCGACGACAAGAUGGAGAAGACGCUUGAGUGUCAGGAACACUUCACCGAGGUUGCCCGCAGCCGCGACGUUGAGGUUCUCGAAGACAAGCCUCAGUUCAUAGAGAUGGCGGGUAACCUUGUGCCCGUGACAAAGUCCGGAGAGCAGCUGCUCCUUCACUUCUUCUCAUUCCAAGAAAACCGUCUGCCUUUCAUCGUUCGGGUCCGAGAUGCGAUCCAGGAAGCGCUGGCGAGGAUAGCAUUCAUGAAGGAGCAGAAGGUGGGCAAGGGAGAACCUGCCCAGACACCUAUCUGUAAUCUCAACAUUAUGCUGCCAGACUACGUUCCUCUGAAGCUGGAGAGGCUCCCGCACUCACCGAGCAAGGAGACCGUUACCAUCGAGAAGAAAUACGAGUACUUGCACGAGAUGGGCAUCGCGCACAAGGAGACGAUCACGAAGGCAGAGCUGAAGCUGUCGGACAUUGCACGGCAGCUGCAGGAUGACUGGGUGAUGCUGGCACUGCAGCUGGACAUCACCGAGACGCAGAUACAGCAGAUCAAGGAGGAACAUCCUAGCAACCUCGAUGCGCAGGCGUUUGAGAUGCUGAAGGUCUGGCGUGUGCAGAAGAGAGAACUCGCCUCAGGCAACGCGCUAGAGAAAGCGCUCAGGAAGAUCAACCGCGACGACAUUGUUCGCCGCUCCAUGCAUAACGUUGAGCUUGUCACCGACCAGCUAGAGAGGGCAGCAGCCGAGGCUGCGCUCGACCAAUCAGGAUUCGACGCGCUGAAGGAGGAGCUGGGGCCAUCGCGCGACACCUCCCUCGCGAGAGACACCUCCCUUGACAUCUCCUAUGACAACAGGGAUACGUCUAAGGAGAGAGAUUCGGAUGAGAGUGACAAGGAAUCGGUGAAGGAGAAGGGCGAUGAAGAUCAGAGAGAGCCUUGGAUCGUACCUGAAUAUUGUAAGCCGAGACAUGGCUAUCAAUUUCGCAAACAGCUAACUGCUGAGGAAAAGAUGGAGCGUCUGGAAAAAUUAUGCCAACUGGAAGCCACAGAAUAUGUGGUCAUUAUGUUUAAGUCAAAACCCGGGCCAGGUGACUCUGAGCACUCGGUGGAAGAGGAAGAGGUUGUGCCCGUGAAGGUUGUGCGCCAUGGCCCUGCUUUACAGGAGAAACCGCAUAAACCCCCCAGUAGUGUUAUACAGCGCUUGCUUGAGGAACCCCCGAGAGUUGCCGUGGCAUAUCCCAUUAGCGUACCUGAGGUCUCACCCGAAGUAGAAGAGGGCAAAGAGGAAGUGGAGGAGGAGCCCGUCGUUCCUCGACAGAAGGAGAAGAAGAAGGGGAAGGUCGUCACGGAGGAGGUAUUCGUGACGCAGGAGGAGCAGUACGAGUUCAGGUCGCCGACCCUCGCCACGGAGGAGCCGUCACACAUAGACGAGAGCUACAGGGAGCAAGAGCCGCAGCCCGAGGAGCAGACGACCAUCGAUGAGACGGACAGGGAGACAGCACCACAGGCCGAGGAGAAGCCAUUCACGCCGCCGCCGACGCCCAUCACCCAGGAACCUGCUGAGGAAGUAAAGACCACCACGAAAACGGACUCGUUCGUCGACGAUGAAGGUGAUACUGUCACCAAGGUCACCAAGGUGAUAACCACUACAAGAACGUACACAGAGGGUGAUCACAGUCUGUCUGCUGAGGAACUCGCUGAGAAGCUAGCGAGUGAAGAUGGCUGGGAGCCUGAGCAUGAGGUUUCAGCGCCGCGGGUCGAGCGUGAAGAGUUUGUCAACGACCGCGGACGGGUGACGCAGCGCGAGCGCACCGUCACCACCGUCGUCAAGAUCCGAGAGAUCCGCACGCAGGUCAUCCAGCCGCCGCCGCCCGCCGACGAACAACAAGAGAGCAUCCCAGAGGAGACUCCUGAUCAGGAGAAAACGGAGACGGUGGGAGUCGGGACGGACGUCAUGGCGACGUCGGACGUGUCGGUCGGGUCGGAGCAGGUCAUGACGGCGGAGGUCGGCACGCAGGCGGACGUCAUCAUCACACAGGAGAUGUGGACGACGACGGAGACGACGACGACGAAGGAGACGUCGGUCGUUCCCGCGACGUCCGUCGACGCGUCUGCGCAGACGACGGCCGAGAGUCGGACCGACAACAUCGAAUACGCCGACGCCUGGGUCGAUGCUGAAACAGCCGACGUCGUUGACACAGGGGUCGGGUCAGGUCGGGUCAGCUACAUCGACGCGAGGAGUGGGUUCGACUAUCUCACGACGGUUGACAUGGCAACGAGUCCGCCGCUGCUAGAGGUCGUUGAUUCAGGGGUUGGAUCGGGGCGGGUGAGCUAUGCGGAGACAGGCACCGACGCCGACCACGUUCCGCGGACGUCGGACGCCGGAACGGGUCCCGACGCCGAUUCCCUCCCAACAGCCGACGCGGGAACGGGCACGGAUUGUGUUGAGAUGACGGACGCGGGCACGGGGUCGUCCAGGGUCAGUAUGAUCGAGACGGGGACCGGGUCAGCGAGGGUCAGUAUGAUCGAGACGGGGACCGGGUCAGCGAGGGUCAGCACGAUCGAGACGGGCAGUGACGCAGACGAGACGCAUCGCGCCGACGUCGGCUCUGAGACGACGACCGUGAAGACGGCGGAGGCAGGCGUCGGCGGCCGACCGACCGUGAUGACGGACAGCGGCUGCGGGCCGGAGACAGUCGAGUAUGCUGACCGGGCCGUGAGUCCCACGGUCCUAGCGACGGCGGAGUCGGCGACGGCGACCGAAGAAGCACGCACGGCGGACGCAGCGGCCGGGCCUGACCGCGUCGCACGUAUGCUCGACUCCGGCUGCGGCCCUGAGGCGUUCUUCACCGCCGAGGUUGCCACGGCAACAGAGCAAGGAGGAACGGUGGAUGCAGGCAGCGGACCUGAGGCUGCGCGGGAGAUGAGAGACGUUGGGUCGAGCGCGAAGGAAGAAGCUGAGAAGGUGAGCGUCGGUGUUGCCGCUGCCGUCGUCGUGGAGACGUUGGAGAGCGGGUUCAGCCCCGACGCGCCUCCGGACACCGCCGACACCGGUGUCGAUGCCGAGCGCACGCUGACGAGGGAUACUUACACCGAAGUGAUAAUCACGGAAACGGUUGCUGCGGCAACGGCGACGGAGUCACCCGGCACGCACGAGCGUGCGACGGAGGUGGACGUCGCCACGACGGAAGCAUCGACAGAGACCGAGGCCAAGGAGCACGCCGAAGUCGACUGCAGCGUGCAGACGGAGGAGUGGGUAAACGAGGAGGGCGUGCUGAUCUCGCAGAAGGUGGUUGUGACAACGGAGGAGGUGCGGACGCGGGACACGGCGUCUGGACCGGAGGAGGAACUCUACACUCCGAUAGCCAGCGACGCGGAAGAGGAGGUGAUAACGGAGGAAGCCAUCAAAGAGGUGAUAACCGAAGUCUGUAGCCAACCGCAAGUGGUGAGUAUGGGUGCAACACAGGAAGCCAUCAGAGAAGCACUUCAACAUAUCGAGACAGAAGUUUCUAAAACUAAAAAACUGCAGUCAGAUUUCACAGCAGCAGAAGAGUCCGAGCCAGCCGAUGACACAAAACCAAUCGCAACCGAAUAUAUUCCUACGAAGCAGCUAAGCGAUUCUGUGAUAGACCAGAGAGAUGAAACAGGAAAAUCUCCUGAUAGUAUUGAGUAUUCUAGUCAAGCUGUGGUUGGUAGUGGUGACGAGCGGCCUGAAGAGGUAUCCCCGCCACCAGAAAUAGCUGAAAACGUCAUACAACAAAAGCUAGCCGAGCUCGUUUCUGAAAUGCAGGAACGAACGAAAUCUCCUGAACUUCCUGUGAUAAUCGACGAGACAGAUGAAAAAAAUAAAAUGACCGAGACACCUGUUGACGAUGCGUCAGAGUCGAAGAAGAGUACUCGCACGGUGAAAACAACCGAGACAGAAGUCACUGAAGUUAUAGAAAUAGUAACGAAACCAAAACAAUCUCAUGAGGAGGAAGCACCAGUAUCAUCAGCUGUAAGCAAGUCUAUAGAGGAAGAAAAAACGGUAGAAGAUGAUACAAUCAAGGAACGAACUGCUCUCACUGUACAAACGCAACUUGAUGACCUUUUAUCUCAGCUUGAGGCAUAUUAUCAACCCGAGUCUAAGGAAAAACAGGAUCCGGUCGAUGAGCGUCCCAGUUCAGAUAUAACUGAAACACCCGAGUCUUCUGAAUUCAAAACGCAGGAUGAUGCAAAACCCUCUGCGGUCACUGACACGGCAGAUAGUGAUGUGAUCAUGCAGAUUACCCAGGAAAUCGAGAUAGGCGAGCCAUAUUCUGAUGAAGAACUCGGCAGUCCUGUAGCGCAUGAAAUCACUAUUGAACAAACGAUUGAAACGGUUGAGAGCCAGCCAGUAUUCUCAGAGGAACUGAAAGCCGCUAGGCCCUUCCCAGAUGAGGUUGCUGGCGAUGAUAAGGCAGAUGAAAAACAAGAUGAGGAUGUAUCGGCACGUGAUUCUCCACAAAAACCUAAAAUGAAAAUAUCAGUGGACGAAUUUGUGCAGGAGGAGAUUAUAAUCACAAAGCUCUCCGAUAAAAAGGAAGAACCAAUUCAGACUCCUGACGAAAUGUCGACCAUAGCUGACGCAUCCGUGGAAGAGCGAGACGAAAUAUCGCCUGGUAGAUUUGAAGACAAACCAUUUGAGCCAGUAGAGGAAAAACAACCGGCAGAAACAUCCGAGGUAGCUCCACCAGAAAAACCGACAGGUGUGGAGGAAGACGUGGUUGUUCUUGAAGAAGCUCUGUCCGAUAAGGAAGAAUCCGGUAGGCAGGAUGCAGUGCCAUUGCCUUCUGAGCUGCAUGAGGAACGAACUGACGCUGGUGAAUCAGAACGUCUUGAUGAUACGUCAGAAAUAAUUGAAACACUUCAGGGAAAGGAACAAACGAUCGAAGAAAAUGUUGUAACAGAGAGGGCUGUAGUAAUAAUUGAAGAACCGGCUGAACAUGCUCUUGAGGCAGCAUCAGCUGAGGUUGAAGAACCAUCAGCUGUCAAUGUUGACGACGUUGGUCAAGCAGAACCGCUUGAUGUGGUUAGUACACCUUCCGAGAAGCAAGAGUUGAUGUAUGAGGAGGUCGCGCUGGCAGAGGAGUCUGCUUCUUUUAUUGAAGAACCCGAAGCACAGCAGGUUUUCAUUGUAGAGAAGGAAGCUGUAAUUGAUGCCCCAGAGAGGGUCGAUGAGAAAGUAGAGGAAUCUGUCUCUGUCAGUGAAGAAAGUGAGAAACAAGUCGCAGAAAUAAAGCCUGAUGAUGAUCAGGAACAGCUACUCGAAGCGGGCGAGGGAGGUCCUCUGCUCGACGCAACAGCAGAAACUAUUACAGCUCCAGAUGUCCAGAAGGAGACUAUGGAAGAAGUAGCAGUAACUACCGACGACUCUAUUUCUGCCGACAAGCAACUAGAUGAACAAGCUGCUGAGGCUGUCCCUGUUGAUGUCGAAGAUGUGCUCGUUGAGACAGGCCAAAAAGAACAUCUUGAGGAAACAUCAUCAUGCGUAGACGGUGUGUCUGAGGAACCCCCGGCAGCUGUUGAAGAGGAACUGCGGGGUAGAGAGGACGCCGUUGCUAUCAGUGAAGAAUCAGAAAAGCAGGUCAGAGAGACAGACGAACCCGCUGCCACAGUCGAACAAGCACGUUUCGUAGAAGCACUAGAGGUAGCUAGUACUCCCCCAGAUAAGCAUGUUACCAUAGAGCAGGAAGUACCAACUCCAGAAAAACCUGUCAUGGCUGAGAAAGAGCCAGAGAAACAGGAAGCUGAUACACUGUCCACUGAAGAUCAGGAAGGGCUUAUCGAGGCUGAUCAACAUGAACCUCUUGAGAAUAAAGGCGACGUAACUGACGGGGCAUCAGCAGACGAAACAGUCUGCGAAGAAGAGCUCGCAGCCCCCGAAGAUAUAGUUUCUUUUACUGAAAAACCAGAUAAAGGUGUGCUUGAGACAAUUCCUGCUGAAUCAGAAAAACAGGUUGCUGAAUCAGUACCUUCUGACGAGCAGGAAGAGGUUACAGAGGCUGGGAUAGAUGAACCUAUUGACGAUACAACAAAAACAUCUGGUGCGCUUCCUGAAGAACAAGAAGCUGCGGAAGAGCCAGCACCAGCUGUUGAGAAGUCUGCAUCGAUCAGCAAAGAGCCUGAGAAACAAGUUGCUGAAACAUUGCCUUCUGAUGAUUACGUUAAGCUACCGGAGGCUGUAGUUGAAGAACCUAUCGAUGAUACAAAGAUAACAUUUGAUGUAGUUCCAGAGAAACACGUAGCUAUAGAAGAACAAGCAGCAACUGUAGUUGAAGCUGUUUCUAUCAGUGACGAACCAGAAAAACGAAUUGCUGAACUGGUACCUUCUGAAGAGCAGGAAGAGGUUACAGAUGCUGGGGUUGAUGAACCUCUUAAAGAUACGACACAAACAGCUGGUAUGCUUCCUGAAGAACAAGAAGCUGUGGAAGAGCACGCACCAGCUGUGGAUGAGUCUGCAUCGACAAGGGAAGAGCCAGGGAAACAAGAUGUUGAAACGGUACCUUUUGAUGAUCAGGAAACGGUUACCGAGGCUGUAGUGGACCGACCUCUGGUAGAAACAACAGAAGCCACUAAUACAGUUCCAGAGGGACAGGAACUUCUAGAAGAACAACCACCGGCUGUUGGUGACUCUGGUGCUAUUAGUGAAGAGCCAGGCAAAUCAGUUCUUCCAGUGCCUUUUGCUGAUCAGGUAACAGAGGCUGUGGUGGAAGAAUCUAUCAAAGAAACAGCGGAAACAACUGAUGCAGGUCCACAGGAACAGGUAGCUGUAGAAGAUCAAUCAUUAGCUGUAGAUGAGGCUGUUUCUACCAGUAAAGAACCAGAAAAACAAGUUGCCGAAGCAGUACCUUCUGAAGAGCAGGAAGACGUGACAGAUGCUGGGGUGGAUGAACUUCUUGAAGAUACAACAAAAACAACUAGCACACUUCCAGAAGAACAACAGGCUAUGGAAGAGCAAAGGACAGAUAUUGACGAGCCUGCCUCUACCUGUGAGGAACCAGAGGAACAAGUUGCUGAAAUACUUUCUUCUGAAGCACAAGAAGAACUAACAAAGGCUGUAAGGCAGGAACCUCUCGAAGAUACAGUUACAGGGGCAGAGAAAGUUCCGGAGAAACAAGACGCUGUAGAAGAACUAGCAGCAACUGUUGAUGAGUCUGCCUCUACCAGUGACGAACCAGAAGAACAACUUGCUGAAAAACCUUCAUCUGAAGCACAAGAAGAACUAACACUCAUCAAACAGUCGCCGGUGGCUAGUUCUUCUAGAGCUUGCUUCUCCUUAACUUUCUCUGGCUUCUAA